AUGGCAAACAACCAAGAACAUACUGACAACCAAUCCAGCAGGAGACCCUCAAACGCUCACCAGUCCAACCUAUCCAACCAACUCGCCGACCUCCGCCAGUCCUACCACCAAGCAGGCUCAACACCACCCAUACAGAAUAUCCCACCUCCACCCAACAACAACAACAACAACAACAACAACAACAACAACAACAACAACAACUUGUUCCCAAAUGAGAACAUCAGGAACUCAUACUCAUCAACUUCACCACUCUCGAAUACCAACAACCAACUCAGUCAUAGCAGUCGAAAUAUUCAUGAGCUCACCAGGAACUCAUCUUUCAAUUCACCACAUAUCCCCUUCACCUCCUCCUCAUUCAAGUCCAUCUCCCGAAUCCCUGGCGAACAACAGUCUACGAAUUCCUAUCGUGAGUCGAUCAUCGAGGACCUUACCGACCAACAGAAGGCACAGAUCGUCCGUCGACAUCUGAUGACCAAGGAUGAACAGGAGGCCGCCCGACGAGUUCAGGAGGACCCGAGUGGCUCCCAGCUCAGACCGGGAUCGAUCAGAAGUAGCUCGGCUGCCUCCUCGGCCUCGCCCGACCAUCGAUCGACCAUCGCUGGCACUGACCAAGCCUCACUGCUCGUCGACGACGACUCGUAUCCCAGUCCGUUCCAUCUCCAAGGUGGUGACAUCCAUCACGCCGUGUACAAAUGGGCCAAUCGCCAACAACAUCAACAACCAAUACCAAGCUCAAGCCAACUCCCAAAUGACUCUCGCUUCAAUAGUCUCGCCCUCAACCGCACCCGUUCUGUCUCCAUGUCCGGAAGCCUCCGUCCUUCUGAAAUAGGCCUCCCUUCCGGCCCCGAGCAUCAUAAUGAUGACGCCCCUAAUCUUGUCUAUAAAGACAUCAUGCAACCCGGUGGCUUUCGUCGUGCUUUCUUGCAUCAGAAACGGGCGGCUAUUGGAAAGCCUUAUGAACCUAGUGACGGGAGACGAUUCACGAAAAGUUUUAUCGAUUUUCUUUCACUUUAUGGUCAUUUUGGUGGAGAAGAUUUGGAGGAGAUAGACGAAGGAGAAGAGGCAGCGUUCCGAGCGUUACGCCGACAGACGACGUUAGAAGAAGGGUCAUCGUUUGAGGAAGAAGAGGAAGAGGAGAGUGGAGAGCAUAGUACAUUACUAGGCCGAUCAGGGCGACGAGUCACAGGAGCAGGAGCAGGAGGAGUACAAUCAAGUGGAGGACGUGCUCGAGGAACAAAGAAGCCGAAAUCGGGGGUUUCGAGCAGGUAUCCCGGCUUCCAGGACGGUAGUAAUGGCGACGCGAGCGUCACGCAGGCAGUCUUCAUGCUCCUCAAAUCCCUCGUUGGAACCGGCGUCCUCUUCCUCGCCAAAGCCUUCGCCAAUGGCGGCCUCCUCUUCUCCGUUCUCACCCUUGUCUUCAUCUCUAUCAUCUCCCUGUUCUCUUUCGUCCUGUUAGUCGAAACCCGAUUACAAAUCCCUGGUGGAUUCGGUGAAAUCGGAGGGAUUCUUUAUGGACCAUGGUGUCGACGAACGAUUUUAUUUUCAUUAGUGAUAUCACAGAUAGGAUUUGUGGCAGCCUACACGAUCUUUAUUGCCCAGAAUCUGCAAGCGUUUAUACUAGCGGUGACGGAUUGUGCGAGUUAUGUUCCGAUCUGGGUGUUAAUCUUUGGACAGGUGAUCGUCUAUCUACCCUUAGCGAUGAUCAGGAAUAUCCAGAAGCUUUCAGGGACGGCCCUUGUCGCCGACGCCUUCAUCCUCAUCGGCCUCCUCUACGUCUUCGGCUUCGAGCUCCAUUCGAUCGUCACUAAGGGCGUCCCUCCCAUCGUCAUGUUCAAUCGCGAAAGCUUCCCACUGUUGAUCGGAACAGCGGUGUUCACGUUUGAAGGAAUCGGUCUGAUCAUUCCGAUCACCGAGAGUAUGAAAGAGCCUCAAAAGUUCCCAGGCGUGUUAGCUGGAGUGAUGCUUGCAUUGACCGUCCUCUUUGCUAGUGCGGGCGCUUGGGGGCUAUGCCGCCUUUGGCACCGAAGUCCAGUCCGUCGUCUUGCUCAAUCUCCCUCAAGAUAA